AUGCCUCAUACGGCCGCCUCCGACCCUGAGAGGGCCGAAAGGGCUCUUCUCCUCAACGUUAUCGACUCUUCCACCCUCGAGCGCCUACGCGACACCCUUCGCGACGUAAUCGACAAAUCUCCCGAGGCUUUCAAGCUAGCUUGUGACAGGCUCCUCGUCCAGCAAGGAGAGCUCAAGAAGGUUGCGGAUCCAGCGGUUCAGAGAGAGAACGUCGUCGUGCGCUAUGAGGGGUCCGAAGAGGAAGACGAAUUAGAUGAGGGAUCGAGUGCAGAUGACAACUCGGACUAUUCGGACGACCCGCAGGGAGAGACGGAGCCCGCGCCGCAGGGCCAAAAACGCAAGCGAGAGUACACGAGACAACGAUACGAGAUCUGCGAUCAAUGCGGUGAAGAGUAUGAUGUGCUGGCUAACGAAAGGUGUUCUUGCGUCUGGCACGAAGGAGAGCUGGAAGUCGACUACGACGCCGAUAUCUGGGCUGAUCACGAUGAGAAUUGUCAUGGAACUAUCGACACGGAUGACAUGAGGGAAGAGAUCCCAGAAGGUUUUGUUUGGGGUUGCUGCGAGCAGCUAGGGACGGCCAAGGGAUGCCGGAAGAGCGUCCAUCGUCCGGAUAGGGCUAAAAGGGUUAGAGCGUGGGGCGGCCGUUGA